ACCCACAAUCCCUUGCAGUUUCUCUCUCAGGCACACGACGUAAUGGCGGAAGACAAUACAUCAUCUUCGGCUUCAAAUGUCUCAAACAAUCAAGACUCGCACAAACCAGAUAAUGACGGCUAUAAAUCACCGAUGGGGAAUAGAUACCCUAUGGGACCUGGCCCCCCGAGAGGUCCCAGAGGUGGCUUUGGUAUGAGAGGUCCCAGGCCUGGUCCCCCAGGACCACCACCCCACUUUGGACGUGGCCCUCCUCCUGGCCCUCCUCCUCGAUUUCGGGGACCACCAGGUCCACCACCAGGAAUGAUGAGAGGCCCACCACCUCCUGGUAUGAGGGGUCCACCGCCACCUGGGAUGAGAGGUCCCCCACCAGGACCCGGAGGUCCUCGUGGUCCGCCUUUUGGUAGGCCGCCAUUCGAUCCAAAUUACGGCCCUCCACCUGGAAUGCAUGGUCCUCAUGGUGGUGGUAUGCCAGGUGGUGGUAUGCCACCACCACCAGGUAUGGGAGGACCAGGGCCACAUGGACCAGGCCCAGGACCACAUGGACCACCUGGAAUGUCUCCUCAUGGUCCACCUGGUCCGCCACAUGGUCCUCCAGGAAUGCAACAAGGACCCCCAGGGCCACCUGGACCACCUAGACCCCCAAUGAUGCCUCCACCCAACAUCCCCCCACCCAACUUUUCUGUUCCCCCUCCUGGAUUUUCUCUACCCCCUCCAGUAUCUAAUGCCCCACCAAACUCAAUAUCAGCCUUGCCGUCUCAGAGCAACUCUCUUGAUGUUGGAAAUCAAGAAUUAUGGGUUGAGACCAAAACAGCUGAAGGAAAGAGUUACUAUUACAAUGCACGAACCCGAGAAUCUGCGUGGACAAAGCCAGAGAAUGUGAAAAUCAUCACUCAAUCAGAGGUAGAAGCAAUGGCUGCUCAAAUGACUAGUCAGACCCCACCUACUGUUACCACUAAUACUGUAUCCUCUCCAGGGGGUACUACAACAACUGCUGCUGCUCAACCAGCUGUGGCACAAGACUUACCUCCUGGAUUUAAUCCAAAUUUGGUACCUCCUGGUUUUAAUACUAAUGUAAUACCACAGUUGAGUACGCCAGUAACAGCAGUGUCCACAGCCGCAACUGUAACACCUCCACUUGUUAUUGCAGCACCUCAGUCAGAGACGGUUCACACAACUGACCAGUCUGCUGUUGUAGCAGAAAAGCCACCCCAAGGCCAGCUUCCUGCGAAACCCCCAGAAGUUGCUGAGUGGUCAGAACACAAGAAUGCUGAUGGCCGAGUCUAUUACUAUAAUGCCAAAACAAUGGAAUCCACUUGGGAUAAACCACAGGUUCUUAUAGAAUGGGAUGCCAAACUAGCACAGCUCCAGAAGCCUGACCCAGCUGCCACAGCCACUGAGUGUAACACUCAGAUUAACACGAUGUUACAAGUAAAUGGAACAGAAGAAUCGGAGGAAAUUCCCAUGGAAACAUUACCUUCAAAAGAAGAAGAAGAGAAAAGCGAUGAGGAUGAAAAGCAGAAAGAAAGUGAGGAAAAAACCGAAGAACAAAAGGCUGCUGAUAAAGCUCGACCUGUUUCUAGUACCCCUGUUCCUGGAACCCCUUGGUGUGUUGUUUGGACUGGAGAUGGCCGAGUUUUCUUCUAUAAUCCUAGUCAGCAUCUUUCUGUUUGGGAAAAACCUGAAGGACUUGUUGGUCGUGCAGAUGUUGAACGAAUGCUACAAGGUCCACCAGGUGGCUCUCCAGCUGAUAAAAUACUUGGCUCUGUUUUCCCAGAAAAGAAAGAGGAAGAAGAUGAAGAUGAGCCUGCUACCAAAAAAAAGAAAAUUGAUAAAGAUGAAAGCAAGCUAGAUGAUAAGAGAGAAACCAUAAAACAGAUUGAUGCUGGUAAGGAAGCUGCUAUAGAGGCUGAAGUUCAAGCAGCAAGGCAGAGGGCUAUAGUACCUUUGGAGAUUCGAAUGAAACAGUUCAGAGAUAUGUUGGCAGAGAAAGAGGUGUCUGCAUUUUCCACUUGGGAGAAAGAAUUACACAAGAUUGUGUUCGAUACCAGAUAUUUAUUAUUGACAUCCAAAGAGCGUAAACAGGUGUUUGAGCAAUAUGUCAAGGAACGAGCUGAAGAAGAGAGACGGGAGAAACACCGCAAACUGAAGGAGAAAAGGGAAUCAUUCCGGAUGCUGAUGGAAGAGGCAAAGUUGCACGGCAAGUCAUCUUUCAGUGAUUUUGCAGCUAAAUAUGGUAAAGACGAACGUUUCAAGGGGAUUGAAAAGAUGAGAGAGCGUGAAUCUAUGUUCAGUGAUUAUGUAUCUGAACUUCGCAAAAAGGAGAAAGAAGAGAAGUCUACCCAGAAAGAGAGGUUGAAAGCCGAGUUUAUGCAGCUUCUGAAAGAGACUUCAAUUAUUGAACGUAAUUCUCGCUGGAGUGAAAUCAAGAAAAAGAUCGAUUCCGAUCCUAGAUAUAAAGCUGUGGAAAGUAGUUCUCGUCGAGAGGACUGGUUCCGAGAUUAUGUGAAAAACAUGGAGGAGGAAUCAGAUGACGAAGAUCGUAAGCAAAGGGAAAAACAAGAACGUGUUGAAGCCAGUCUAAGAGAACGAGAGAAGGAAGUCCAACGGACACUAUCUAAUUCUCUCCGAGAGCGAGACAAAGAACGAGAACAACACAAGAAAGAUGAAGCCAUUCAGCAUUUCAAAGCUUUGUUGGCUGAUCUUAAGGUGCGUAACUCUGAAUCUUCUUGGCGAGAAACAAGAAAACAACUGCGUAAAGACCAUCGUUGGGAACUGGCGGAUUUGCUUGACCGUGAUGAGAAAGAAAAAUUGUUUGAGGAACAUAUUGAUAUUUUAAAUAAGAAAAAUAAAGAGAUGUUUCAUAAACUCCUUGAUGAAACUCUUCAGAUUACAUUGACCUCUUCUUGGAAAGAUGUGAAGAAAAUGAUCAAAGAUGAUCCUAGAUAUUCCAAGUUUUCAUCUAGUGACAGGAAAAGAGAAAAAGAAUUUGAAGAUUAUCGCUAUGAACAAAUUGCUCAAGCUAAAGCAGAUUUCCGGGAAUUGUUAAAAGAGACUAAACUGGUGACAUACAGAUCAAAAAAGAUGAUAGAAGAAAAUGAAAUACAUUUAAAAGAUAUAGAAACAAUUUUACAGAAUGAUCGUCGAUAUUUGGUGUUAGAUUGCAUCGCAGAGGACCGCAAAAAGAUUCUUUUAUCCUACAUUGAUGAUUUGGACCGCAAAGGAGUUCCUCCACCUCCAACAGCAUCCGAACCAUCCAGAAGAACCACCAAAUAAUGAUAGAUUCCUGAUUAAGGCAGAGGAAAAAUGACAACGUUGUUGCAUUUCUAGCUUCUCAUUUUUCUUGUUUUAUCUUUCACACAUUUUAUACCAUACAUUUACAAACUUACAGACCCUUUCCCAACCACAAACUAAUGAACUGUUUUAGACUUCCAUCCUUCAUAUUACUACUGUACUGUAGCUAAAAUACCAAAGCCUGCAAGCUCUAACUUUUAACUGCUGCCUCACCCAUUCGUUCCAGCUGGUCUUGGCUCUGUAACAUUGGACUCAGCAUUUUACAGUACUAACAGUCAUUUUUUAGCAGUAACAGUUGGCCUGUUUUUUUUUUUUUUUUUUGGUUUCUAUUUCAUGACUUUUAUUUUAUACAUUUUUCCAUGUAAAUUAUAAUUAAAACAAAUGAAUGGGAAGGUUCUUUGUUAUUUUGUUAUAACGUCUUAUUUUUGUUUCCCCUCAUAUUUUAAAUGCAACAGAAAAAAACCCCAUUUUAUUUUUACCUGUUAGUAUUGUUUCAAUACACUUAAGUAUAAACUGUAAAGUUUCCUUUAUAUGUAGACAAUUGUUCUCAUUUUCAGUUAGUUUGAUGUUGUGAGUUUAUUGCAGAUCAAUUAAGUAAAACAUUUUAUCCACAAGGGCAGUGUGCCUUUGGUCCCUCCGUCCUUAUCCCCUUCCUAACACAUUGGUUCUAAUUGAUCAUAUUGAAAAAAGCUGCUGCUAUUUAAUGAUUUUAGAGGUUGAAGAAGAGCAAUAAACCUGCUUCAGGUGACGCAAGCCUACUAGAUUACCCAAUUUACCGUAACCCUUUUGAUACCAAAUCAACUGAGACAACCCUUGGUUCUAGGAUACAACCUUCCUGCUUUGAAGUGAUUUCAAUUAAAGCCUUCCAUUAAUUUGUUCCACACACUGGCUUUAAUCAUGGAGUGACUUUACUAAAUUCAUUAUUUUCAAAAUGAAUUGAAACAAAAGCCAUGUAUUUCACCGGAGUUUGGUAAAAAGAAAAAAAAGGGAUAAACACAACAUAGCAAUAUUGAUUCAAUUUGAUACAUGUUGGAACUAUAAAAAAAAGUAAUUCUUAAUAAUUGUCCCCUCACCCAGGUUGUGUCUAUGUGAAUGUCUCCAUUGUCAUUAAAGUUUCCUUUAUUUUGAAAUGAAUCUUCAGAAAUAUUUCUUAGAUCUGCUGAAUUCUCAUCAGGAAUUCCUUUGAACCCCACUGGUCCAAACAUUCUUCUUAGAGAUUCAUUGGAGGUGGAAGUACAUUUGUCAUCUUCAUUUGAAAUUAAAGAAUUUCAAACUGCAUUGAGUCUCCUGGGUGAUAAAACAAUUAUUUUGAUACAAGAACACAUGGGUGGUGGGAGGCAGAUAAAGAAACAAAACAACUUUAUUGUGAGAUAUGAUUUAUUUCUUAUGUUUUUGGUCUUGUUUGAAACAAUUUAUAUUUUUCCCUGCGUGGUAGAAAAUACCAGCAAAUGUGAAGAGGAAGGCAACGGUUGCCCUCUUCCAUCUAGUGUCUUCCCAUACUUGGCAUGUGAUGAGGCUGGAAAAUUAUUCAGUUGGAUUUGCAGGUCUUCUUUCGGCAACAUCUCUAAAUCAUAAAUAUGUCUACUCAAGCCCGUUCUGAUUUCUAGAGAAUUAUUUGACAAAUGUCUUUUGAUAAAAAGUAAAAAUAAAAUAAAGCACCAGUUUUCAGGAAAAUAAAUUUGUCAAUGUUUUAUAUUUUAAAGAUGAAGCACAGCUCCAUUUUAUUAAAUAGAAGG